UCCCCAGAAUUCGUGGAAACCACUGAUGUAGCUCAAACAGCAGCAAAACAGAAGAAACAUCACCAAGCUGAAAGGCAAGGCAUAGCCACUGGGAUUAUUUAACACCCCUGGGUUUACGCAUCGUGCCUAACCACAAAUCACCUGGCUUAAACACAUCUCACAAGUUGUCCACUAUACAAAGCCUCAUUUUCUUCUCCAAGGAGCAUGAAAAGAGAUGACGGCAUGGCAGGAGGUGGGGCCUGCUUUGUAACCCAUUUGAUUCAUUUAUAGCUCAAUCAGACUCGUUCUUCCAGCAGAAUUGGAUUGGGGGUUAGAAUCGGUAUAUGGCAAGCCACCAGGACGUGAGCCGUUAAAGCCACAGGUGAAGAGCGGUGGCAGCCCAGUGACCAGGAGACAAGGAUCUGUGCAAGAUGAAGGUGGUUCUGUCUCUUCUGUUGGUUGCCAUCGCUUGCAUGGAGCUUGGGCAAACCUUGGAAUGUUACACUUGCCUUGAACCUGUCAGUGUCGAUCAGUGUAAGACAAUCCAGACCUGCAAGAAUAACGAAACCAUGUGCAAGACUACUAUGUAUUCCCUGGAGGAUGUUUAUCCCUUCACGGGAGUCCUGACCGUCACCAAGAUGUGCUCUUCCGUCUGCAUCCCAUCUGACGUGGAUGGGAUCGGCUUGACGCGCCCCGUCUCCUGCUGUUACACUGACUUGUGCAAUGUGGAUGGUGCAGCUAGUCUGAGGAGCAGCUUUGUGCCAGUUGUGAUGCUAGCAAGUUGUCUCUGCGUCCUCUUCUGGACUAGACUGUGAAGAGCUGAUGGCGAGGUCUUUAAUGCUGAAGAACCCAGUGAAGAAGAGAACAAAUCCCUGCUAGCCCAGCUUUUUGCUUGGGUGCCACAUUGACAACCAUCAACAGCUCCAGGAAUCACUUUAGUGAGAAUCCUUUUCCCACAACCAAGAGAGAAACAAAACUCUGGAAGUUCUGACCUGAAUUUCUUAAUCCACUCAAAAGCUCCCACAAAAUUAACUAUGGAGUUUCUUUGCUGUGCUGAUCUGGUUGGUUUUGAACUAAGUCUGUUUAAAGCAGAAGAGUCUUGCACUGAGAGCCUUCCUUACCUCCUUAUAGCACUUUGUCCCCCCAGGUUUUAGCCAGUAGAACUGACCAAGCUUCUCAGAUGAAACUCGGUUAUGUGGCAGGUCCUCUCCACACCAGGCUUUUGUUCUGUCUAGAUUCCCUUCUUGGACACAGUAAGUUAAGGAGACACUUCAGUGUCCAAAAUACGAGGCAGGAGAAGAAACUUCCCACACCAGUGAUCUAAUCCAAGGAAGCUGAAAUCUCUUGU